UUCCAAUUUCCCAGCACUUAACUCGCCCGACCUACCCACCAACCACCCCGCGUCGAGACUGACCAGACUGAAUUGAUCGAUAAUAAAUCAGCACGCUGCACGCGCUGGGGGUCUGAGUCAGAGGAGGAAGAAGAUCGAGGAGCAGCUGAUUCGUUCGCACAAAGCGCCGGGAUCAGAUCCAUCUCUCCGCGCGGGAUGUCUGAGGUGGCGGCGAUGGCGGGGCAGGCGUACAUGAGACAGCUCUCCAAGCACCCUCUCCGCACCAAGGCCAUCACCUCCGGGGUGCUGGCGGGCUGCAGCGACGCCGUCGCCCAGAAGAUCUCCGGCGUCAAGAGGCUCCAGCUCAGGAGGCUCCUCCUCAUAAUGCUCUAUGGAUUUGCAUACGCAGGACCAUUCGGUCAUUUUUUCCACAAGCUUAUGGACAAGAUUUUCAAGGGACAGAAGAAAGGAAAAGAAACUACAGCCAAGAAGGUCAUAGUGGAGCAGCUAACUGUAUCACCAUGGAACAAUAUGAUGUUCAUGAUGUACUACGGUCUGGUAGUUGAAGGGAGGCCAUUCGGGCAAGUAAAGAGCAAGGUCAAGAAGGACUUUGCAAACAUCCAAUUGACAGCUUGGAAGUUCUGGCCAAUAGUUAGCUGGAUCAACUAUGAGUACAUGCCACUCCAGCUCCGAGUUCUUUUCGCCAGCUCCGUUGCAUCAUGCUGGGCAGUGUUUCUGAACCUGAAAGCAGCAAGAUCCAUUGCCGGCGCUAGUAAGAAUGCAUAGAAGAAGGAUGGAAGGAAGGGGCUAGUGCUACAUUGUAUUUCUAGCUAAUUAAGUAUCCACUAGCGAUUUUCUCAGUUCAUUUUUAUCGCUCAGUUUGUAUUUAUGUUUCUAUUUGAACCCCUUGAGCAUCGAGAACCUAGAGUUAAUGUUUCAACUAAGUAUGCCAGUAUGUCAAUGUGAAGAGUCCCUUUCUUGCCACCGGGAAAAAAACCCUACAAAGCAAAAAUUAUCCUCUACAAGGUACCAUGUUUGUUAUUCCUUUGGGAGGAAAAUAGGGACUUUACUGGGAUCUGACGCGUGGAAAUAAAUGAACAUGCUCUGAGGUUUGUAGAAGCUCAAUGAAAAAAGCAGAAGUGAACCUCA